AUGGCGGAGUCAUUUCAGCAUAGAGAUACUAUAAAUAUAGGAAGCGAACUGUACAUAUAUUCACUGUAUACUCACUACUCCAGUAUUUGGAUAUUACCUGUAGAGAAGGUACACAUAAAUGUAAAAAAUGUAUACGUUAUUGCCCCACCAAGUUCAUCACCAAAACAAGAAACCACGAAACAUUUUGCAACGGAAGGUUACAAUAGAGAUGGUAAUUACAACUCUGAGGAUUCUGUUGAGAUUGGAGGUAGAAGCUUUUAUGGUUUCGUUAAACAUCAGAAUAAAACAUCUAAGGCAUAUAAACAUGUAAGAUCUACUAAUGAAAUGGACAAAAUAGUGGGUGGUGUUGAAGUGGAUAUAAAUUUGUAUCCGUAUCAUGUUGCGUAUGGCUCUAAUUGUGGUGGUGCGAUUAUUCAUGAGAGAUGGGUGAUGACAGCUGGACAUUGUGGUAAGAAGCCUUACAUUAGAGUCGGGUCAAAAUAUAUCCACCAGGGCAAGAAAGUGAUGGUGCAACAAAACUACAUCCAUCCCGAAUGGUUAGAGAAGAUUAAGGCCCACCCGUUUGAUUAUGAUUAUCAACUCUUAAAGCUCAACGAAAGUCUCAAAUUUGAGGAAAACAUUCAGCCAAUCAAAAUAGCGCGUAUGGAAGAUAUGAUCGUUGGAAUUAUAAUGACAGUGACAGGGUGGGGGCAUACUUCUGAAAAUGGUGGAUACUCUACUGUCCUGCGAGCAGUCAGGGUGCCUAUAAUAUCUAAGGAGAACUGCCAGAAUGUGCCAUUCCCUUACUUCAGAGGCAGUCUCACCACUAGAAUGUUCUGUGCUGGGUAUCCUGAAGGAAUGAAAGAUGCUUGUCAGGGUGAUUCUGGAGGCCCAGCAGUGAUCGGCGAACGGCUGCUAGGAAUAGUUUCUUUUGGAUAUGGCUGCGCAACACCAGGAUCCUAUGGAGUGUACAGCAAAGUAGUGCAGGUCCGGGAAUGGGUUGAGGCAACCACUGAAAUGAAGUUCGACUAA